UCCGAUACCAAACAGCCCCUUAUCUCUUAUUCGCUCUACCUUCUCCCACAUCCUGCUUGAGUCAGUUCCUUCAUUGUUCUCGCCGGAUAAGCCCUAAUAGUUGAUCGUUCCUUUCGUGCGAGGGAGUAUUCCUCCGUCAGCGAUCAGCUUUUUGUUGAAGAUGACGACGACGAGCUCAUGGUCGCGGGCUUUGACGCAGAUCUCGCCCUACACCUUUGCAUCGAUCGGUAUUGCGAUAUCCAUUGGCGUUUCUGUUCUUGGGGCUGCUUGGGGAAUCUACAUCACUGGAAGCAGUUUAAUUGGUGCUGCUAUUAAGGCUCCGAGAAUCACCUCUAAGAAUCUCAUUAGUGUGAUCUUUUGUGAGGCUGUUGCUAUAUAUGGAGUUAUUGUUGCCAUCAUUCUCCAAACCAAGUUAGAAAGUGUACCAUCUUCACAGAUAAAUGAACCUGAGUCUCUUAGAGCUGGUUAUGCCAUCUUCGCUUCCGGCAUCAUCGUUGGCUUCGCAAAUCUUGUUUGUGGGCUCUGCGUUGGAAUAAUUGGAAGCAGUUGUGCGCUGUCUGAUGCCCAAAAUUCCUCACUCUUUGUGAAAAUUUUGGUGAUUGAGAUCUUUGGCAGUGCGCUUGGCUUGUUUGGAGUGAUCGUGAGCAUAAUCAUGUCGUCUCAGGCAACCUGGCCUGCGAAAUCUGGAUGAUGAGCAUUCUUUCAAAAAUCAUCUGCCAUCCAAUCUUCAAGGUUUCUUGUAAACAUUUUCUCUUAAAUACUUGUGUAAGAUUUACCUGAAGCUGUUUGUAGGGACUCUGUUAAAUUAUUCCUGCACUCUUUACGCUUCACUCAGCUAUGUUUGCUGCGUUGGUUUUAAAUGUUAUAUCAGUAAUGGAAGAUGAGAUUUUCUGUACCCUCUAA